AUCCGAGUCUCACCCGGCUGUUUUAUUUCUGUGUUCUGACACUGCCAGAAUUUUAGGAAUUUUUGUAAAUAAAGAAUAUUUUCGAAAUAAUUAAUUAACUAGUCAUCAAAAGAGCUUUUUAGAUAACUUAAGAUAAGUCAGAAUAAUGAGUAUCUACGUAUCUCGUGUUGUUCAAUUGGACGCUUUAAUCCUGGACACCGAAUUUUAUUCCUUGAUAAAAAAUCAAGUGUUCAACAUUUUAAAUAAAUUUCAGCUCGGAGGAAUCGCUCAGAAAUAUGGACCGGAGAUUCAGCUUCUCGCUAAAUUUGUAAUUUGGAGACUCAGCACUUACCGGAAAGAUGCAUCCAUCGGCCAAACCCUUCUUGGAAUUAAGUAUUUUAGCGAUAAAUCCAUAUUGAAAUACCUCUUUGUUUUUGAAUCUGUGAUUCCAUACUUAUACGAAAGAUGCGUUCCUCUUUUAAGAUCUCAACCAUUUUAUCCAAAGAUAGAGAAACCACUACGUUAUGCCGAAGAUGCCAUAAAAAUAUGCGAAAUACUCAACUUUUUAAUGUUCCUGAUGCAAAAUAAGUACCCGUCAUUGGUCAAUCGUAUCCUGAAAGUGAAGAUGACACCUGCCUUUGACCGUGUUAAUCCGGUUGUGGGAUAUUCUUAUCAACUCCGAGAAAUGUUGUGGCACCAGUUUGCAGAUUUUUUAAUUAUCGUCCUCCCAAUUGUAAACAUCCAUCGAGUGAAGCGUUACUUACGUCAGUGGGGGUUCAAUUCAACAACAUCUUCCACACCGGUCUCAAGAAAUGGCGGAACUUUAAGCCACUCUGUCUUAAAGUGCUGUCUAUGCAACGAGGAUGCCGUGAUUCCGCAACAUUUUGACAGUUGUGUGUUUUGCUAUUAUUGUUUAAAAGCUAACAAAAUGGCAGAUCCAGAAUUUCGUUGUACAAGUUGCAUUCAUGCAAGUAAACCGUAAACUUGUUCCACCGCAGAUGAAUGUUAGACUGUUAGUAAUUUACUCAAACUUUGUCCUAUGUUAUGUGUUUUAUUAUGUUUAUUAAAUUCUGACAAUGUAUGCUUAAACCUA